CCUUUGAUGAGUUGGUGAAAAAAGUAAUUAAACCCAAUUUACAAGCAAAUAAAGUAGUAAUUGUUGACCGUUAUAUUGACAGCACCUUUGUUUAUCAAGGAUUAGAAGGAAGUUUGGGAAUUGAUAUCGUCCAAGAAGUAGCCAAAAAAACCCUCGAUUUGCCCUUACCUGAUAUCACUUUUAUUCUCGAUAUUGACCCCAUUAAGGCUCAAGAAAGACUAAAAAAAAGAAGACUAGAAACCGAAUUAAAAAAACUUUUUCCCGAAAGGAUUUAUAUAGUGGAUGCCGAAAAAAGCGAGGAUGAAAUAUUGACCGAAGUCCAGGAUAUAAUUAAACAAAAUCAUUCGCCAAAAAAGGAAUCCAAUUUACCCCAAUUUGUGCGAUCUAGUGAAACACCAGAAGACGCGGCCAAAAGAGAAGUUUUUGAGGAAACCAAUUUAGUAGUAGAAAAUCUGGAGAAAAUCGGAGAAGGAAACGUUUUUUACGCUAAUUUGUCUAAAGGAAAUCAGCACUGA